AUGCUGGUAAAAGGCCGGACAGCCGAGUACCACGUGGCUGACCUCAAUGAAACAUUCUUCAAGCUCAGAAAGUACCAAAUGAAGCUCAACCCGGCUAAGUGUGCGUUCGGAGUCACCUCAAGUAAAUUUCUGGGCUUCAUAGUGACCCAGCAUGGAGUCGAAGCUAACACCGAGAAGAUCCGGGCGCUGCAGGAGAUGGUACUACCAAAGACGGUCAAGGAGGUACAGCGACUCACCGGACGGAUCGCAGCCCUGGGGAGAUUUGUCUCCAGGUCGGCCGAGCGAUGCCUCCCAUUCUUCAGGAUUCUCAAGCGACCGAAGGACUUCUUGUGGUCGGAGGAGUGCCAACAAGCUUUUGAAGAGCUUAGAUGCCUUCUCGCCUCUCCGCCGCUGCUUACCAAACCUCAGCAGGGCGAGCUUCUCUACCUGUACUUAGCAGUCUCCCCGGUUGCAGUGAGCUCAGUCCUAGUCCGGGAGGAGAACAAGCUUCAAAAGCCUGUCUACUAUGCCAACCGGGUUCUCAGAGAUGCUGAGAUCCGAUAUUCUAAACUGGAGAAAACAAUUUUCACCCUAAUCAUCUCAGCUCGGAGACUCCGACCCUACUUCCAAACCCACACAGCAGCCAUACUGACCGACCAACCAAUGAAGCAGAUUCUACAGUGGUCAGACCGUGCCGGGAGAAUUGCUAAAUGGGCAGUUGAGCUCGGAGAGUUCGAUCUCGAAUACCGCCUAAGGCCGGCAAUCAAAGCUCAGGCGCUCGCUGAUUUUAUCGUGGAGUGCACUUUGCCAGACGACCCCGAGUACCCACUCAUAUCAACGGAGGAAACCCCGAAGCCACCCUGGGUCCUAUAUGUGGACGGCUCCUCGACCUCGGGGGAUAGCGGAGCGGGACUCAUCCUCACCAGCCCGGAUGGGAUAGUUGCUGAGCAGGCCCUACGCCUUGAAUUCUCCGCCUCGAACAAUGAGGCGGAAUAUGAGGCACUCAUUGCUGGGCUCAAAUUGGCAAAGGAGCUGAAGGUCGAAGACCUAAAAGUCUACAGUGACUCCCAGCUGGUUGUGAGCCAGGUCCUGGGGAAUUUUGAAGCAAAGGAGCCCUCAAUGCAGAAAUAUCUUCAAAAGGUGCGGGAACUCAUAUCCGCCCUGGACGCCUUCAACAUUCAGCAUAUCCCCAGAAUGGAGAACCUCAGGGCUGACCUGUUGUCAAAGUUGGCGACCUCUCGCAUGAGUGAGCUCCCUAAGGCGACGGUGCUCGAAUAUCUCCAGACACCUAGCACAGAAGAGCCUGAGCCAGCCAUGUGCAUAGACACCGAGCCGAGCUGGAUAGAUGAGCUUGUCAACUAUCUACAAAGUGAGGUCCUCCCCGAUGAUGAACUCGAAUCUCGCCGGAUCAGGCGCCAAGCUUCCCGAUUCAUACUAUAUGAAGGCAAGCUCUACCGAAAGUCAUUCACCUCUCCUCUCCUCAGGUGCCUCCGCCCAUCGGAAGCGGACUAUGCUAUGCGAGAGGUUCAUGAAGGGAUAUGCGGGAACCAUCUGGGAGGCCGAGCACUGGCUCAUAAAAUUUUGCGCCAAGGAUACUUUUGGCCUACACUCCAGAAGGACGCAAUAGAUUUUGUCCGAAGAACAAUAUUCCGGCUCCCCACUAGCGAGACCCCCUUUAACCUGGCAUACGGAAUGGAAGCUAUCAUUCCUCUGGAAAUCGGGCUCCCCUCCCCAAGGGUCGAGCACUACAACGCAGCCUCCAACUCCUCCCAACUUAGAGGGAACCUGGACCUCGUCGAGGAGACUAGGGAGGCGGCCCGAGUUCGUACGGCAAGAUACCAACGGAAGACAGCACAAUACUACAACUCCAGAGUAAAAGCCAAGCUCUUCAAGGUGGGAGAUCUCGUCCUCAGGAGGGCCGAGACUUCUCAGACCACCGAGCAGGGGAAACGAGCCCCAAACUGGGAAGGACCUUACAGAAUCACGCGAGUACAGCGGCCUGGAGCUUACAAGUUGGAAACCCUUAAGGGGACUUCUAUCCCUCGAAGUUGGAACUCCGAGAACCUUUGGAUGUACUACCAAUGA